UUGAAGUGCUUUGGGGACUGGCAAGUCAGAAACAUCUCCGCCUUCUCCGCUUCCAUGAAAGUAGCGAAAGAUAGCUCUAUGGUCAGAGCAGAGUGGCCUUUUGCUCUCACACGACCGCCAUGCGUGAAGCUUCAUCGUCUUCCUCAGUCUUCAUUUCUAGCUCCGGCAAAGCUCUUCUCACGAACCUGUUCACCUUCACCAAUUUCGAUUCGUUUCCCGAGAAAAUCACCAUUCGCAGUUUUUAAGGGCUCGAAACGCUUUAUAGUAUCUUCAUCGCCGUCUCCCAUGAACUCUCCUCCUCCUUCGUCUUCUUCUUCGAAGGUGAAGAAGUACGAUGUGUUCAUCAGCUUCCGAGGCGAGGACGUGCGCAACAGCUUCACGAGCCACCUAUUUACGGCUCUUUGUCGCGAGAAGAUCGAGACAUAUCUGGAUAGCGAGAAGCUCCGACAAGGAAAAGAUAUCCCUCCGGCGCUCUUUGAAGCGAUCGAGGAAUCGAGGAUCGCCGUCGUGAUUUUCUCUCGGUGUUUUGCGUCCUCAAGAUGGUGUUUAGAUGAGCUUCUGAAGAUUCUCGAGUGCAAGAAGAAAAAUGGGCUGAUCGUGUUACCUGUCUUCUUCGACAUUACACCCACAAUCGUACGGCGACAGACAGCGAGCUACGCGAUGGCGUUCGCCGCACACGAGAUAUAUUACGGAAGGAAGUCGGCGGCGGCGGCGGCGAAGGUGAAGCAGUGGAGAGCUGCUUUGACGGAGGCGGCGAAUUUAUCUGGAUUCGAUUCCGACGUCAUAAGGCCUGAAUCCAAACUCACUGAGGAAAUCGUGGCUUGCAUCUUGAAGAGCCUUGGUGAUUUAUGGGUGAGUAGUCAAGAUGACUUGGUUGGUGCAGAAUCCAAUAUAAAAGCAGUGGAAAAGCUUCUCGGUACUGAGAAAGACAAUUUUCGGUGUGUGGGAAUAUGGGGAAUGGCUGGUAUUGGAAAGACAACGAUUGCUGGAGCUAUCUUUAAUCACAUCUGUGGUCGAUUCGAAGGAUGCUGCUUCUUAGCGGAUGUUAGAGAACAAUCAAAACAACGACAGCUCUUUACGUUGAGAAACGAAAUACUUCAACAGAUUCUUGAUAGGAAAGAUAUAAAUAUACAGACUCCUGACAUAGGCCAAAGGUUUCUCAGAGACCGACUCCGAAGUACAAGAGCCCUUAUAGUGCUUGACGAUGUGAGUAGCUUGAGACAACUUGAGUUUUUGGUCAAGGACAUUCGUUAUUUUCGUCCUGGAAGUAGACUUAUAGUUACAUCUCGGGACAAGGAUGUGCUUAAGCAUGGGUUUGAUGCGAUUUAUGAGGUAAAAGGAUUAGCUGACAAGGAUGCUCUUGAGCUUUUCUUUCGAUGUGCCUUGAAGGAAAAUCUUCCCUCUGAAGAUCAUCUGCGAAUUGCUAAGAGGGUUUUACAAUAUGCAAACAAAAACCCAUUAGCCCUUAAAGUCUUGGGUUCUUUUCUGUAUCAGAAAACUCUGGAGGAAUGGGAAAGUGCAUGGGGUAGACUGCAGAAUUUUCCUGACGCAGAAAUUCAGCAAAUAUUGGAAAUAAGUUGUGAAGAUCUGCCAACGGAAGAGAUGGAUAUUUUCCUUGAUAUAGCUUGUUUCUUCAACGGUGAAGAUACAAGUUUUGUCACACGUAUGCUUGAUGGUUGUGGUUUUGAUGCAAUUAUUGGAAUAAGAGCACUCAUAGAUAAGUCGCUACUAACUAUAUCCAAAAAUAGGCUGCAGAUGCAUAAUUUGAUCCAAGAAACGGGUAAAGAAAUUGUUCGUAAAAAGGCCCCUCGAGUGCCUGGAAGACGCAGCAGAUUGUGGGAUCAUGAUGAUAUCUAUGAAGUACUAACAACAAAUGAGCCAGCUGAUGCUGUCGAAUGCAUAUCCUUGAACUUGUCUGAGGUGAAAGAGAUGCAGUUAAGCGCCCGAGCAUUUGAAAAGUUGUAUAAUCUCCGAUUUCUCAAAUUUUACACUACAGAAGGCUCUGAUGAGAAAUGUAAAGUGCAUUUUCCUGAAGGCCUUAAAUUUCUACCGAACAAGCUUAGAUAUCUCCACUGGCACAGCUAUCCUCUAAAUUCAUUUCCACCAGACUUUUGUCCCGAGUUCCUUGUCAAACUCUCUAUGAGAUACAGUUCUCUUGAGCGACUGUGGGAUGGAUCCAAGGAUCUCAAUAACCUAAGGUGGAUUGAUCUUUGCUAUUCCAUGAAUCUGAAGCACAUGCCUGACUUAUCAGGAGCACCAAAGCUUGAGCAUGUAACUCUGAGGGGCUGCAGAAAACUUGUGGGCCUGGUUAGUAUCAGUUGUAAGCUAAAACAUCUUGAGCUUUUGGAUCUUUCAGGAUGCUCAAAUCUGAAAGAAUUUCCCGAAAUUUCGUGGGACAUUAAGGAACUGCUCUUGGAAGAAACUGCCAUAGAGGAGCUUCCUCCGACAAUUAGAAACUUCCACCAACUUGUUAGAUUAGACAUGAGAAACUGCAAAAUGCUCAAGAAUGCUUCAACCACCGAUUAUGAGUUAGCAUCUCUAGAAUACCUCAGUCUCUCUGGCUGCUCAAAAGUCACAAAAUUUCCAGAGAUCUCAAGGAAUUUGCAGAAGUUGCUCUUAAACGAGACCGAGAUAGAUGAGAUUCCUUCAUCAGUAAUCUUUCUCGGAAAACUAAUUCUUUUGGAUCUGCAGAAUUGCAAACGACUCGAGAGUCUUCCGAGCAGUAUAUGCAAUUUGAAGUCUCUCCAAGAGCUUAAUCUCUCUGGAUGUUCAAGCUUUCAUAGCUUCCCAGAAAUCCUUGGAACAAUGGAUGCUUUAAGUUGUCUCAAUUUGAAUGGAGCAGCCAUCAAGGAGCUACCUUCAUCAGUUGAGCAUUUAAGUGUGCUUUCUUCCUUGGACCUUGGGAACUGUAAAAAUCUGGUCAGUCUUCCAGAUGAAGUUUGCAAGUUGAAGUUCCUUAAAGAUCUUAAUCUCUCUGGAUGCUUAGGGCUUGAGAACUUGCCGAAGUGCUCAGGUAUUAUGCCAUUGAGGAAGUUGAGAGCAAAUAGAUGCAACAGUCAAGUUAUUGGCUUUCUAUCCGAGAACUUAUUCUCAUUAGAAACUCUGGAUCUAAGUGAGUGUGGUUUGUUAGAGUUUCCAGACAUCUUGACUCUUUUGACAUCCUUGGUGGAAGUUGAUAUCAGCAAAAACGAUUUUGAGAAAGUGCCUCCCAGCAUUAUUCGGCUCACUGUUCUACAAAAUCUUGAUAUAAGCUAUUGUGACAGGCUUCACUCCUUACCAGAGCUUCCAAGUUCAGUAAGUAAAUUAGUUGCACAUAACUGCUCAUCACUCGAGGUAAUAUUGAGAAAUAAUGGUACUGAGAAUCGGAAGGUUUACUAUUCGUACCAUCUGGAGACCUUUGUUUUCACAAACUGCUAUAAACUCAAUCAAGAUGCAAAACAUAUGAUCUUGCAAUAUGCGGAACGAAGAAUCCAUACUUUGACGUCAUAUGUGGGGUUGACGUUGAAUCUAUUAGGCUGUACAUCAGACUAUGCAUGGAUGCCUGAUGAAAAAAUAAGAUGCAUUUUAUCUACAAGGCACGAAUGCAAAGACUUUGGCGAAGCAUUGGGAGGACUUUACCAAGUUCUCUUUAAUGAAGAUCCUUUGGCAGUGGAAAGUCGUUUAACGAUACUGAUCCAAGUUGUAUUUACCAUUCUUAGUCGGUGUGAGCUUGACUUUCAAGGACAAUUACGGUUUGUUACGUGGCUUGCAGCUCUCUUUCUGUCUUACCUUGAUAAGCCUUCAACCAACUUCUGUUUUCCAGGAUCCAAUCUCCCAGAAUGGUUGAAGUUUCAAAAUGUCGGUUCCCAUAUUACCAUGACUUUUGAACCUAGUAAACCGUCAGAUGUUCAUAGUCAGUUUGUGGGGUUUGCUGUUUGUGUUGCCAUUGAAUUUGGAAAUUACAAUGAAGACAAUGGUUUCAGUGUCAAAUGCAAAUAUCAUCUCCAGACUGAAGAACUUGGUUCAUAUGAUGGAGUUUUCUACUUGAGGGGCUGGGGUGGUCAACAGAGUAAACCCAUACGGGUAGAAGGGGAUCAUCUGUUCUUGGGUUGUGACUUUUCUCUAAUCUUUGAAGCAUCUAGAGGAAUGCUAAGAUAUUCUAACAAUCUUCGUGAAGUUUCAUUUGAGUUCUUUGCGGUUGAUGGGGAUGACAAUCCAUUAAAGUGCUGCAGCGUGACAAAGUGCGGAAUGCUCCCUCUCUAUUUCCGUGACAUGAUUCCAUCAGAAAAGGAAACCUUGGACAGAGAUGACAAUAGCAAGGGACGCGAGGACUCCAGAGGUUAUGAUACUUUACUGCUGAGCAUUCUCAAGCGCUACCUUUAUUCUUCAUAUGAAUUUGUUCACGAUCAAAAGAAUGGGAGUAUUUAUCUUGCGCAUAUGCACUAUUUUGUGGGUGAAAAAAUAUUUGCCCGCUCAAUCGGACCCGCCGUUUCAGACAGAGAACAUUUCUCACGUGCUGAGUACAUGGAGAAGUUUUUGACUUCCCUGCACGCGUCGGACAGGAUCGACCAAUUCAAGGAUCAAAGGGUGAGGGACACGCACGGUGUCGUGGAUAAAGAUGUGAAAACUAUAAACUGGUGGAUGCUCCUAUUAUGUGUUAUUGGCAUUUUUGGACUUUCAUGGUGUUUCAUCCACGGUUGGACGGACCUUCUACUCGAACAGUAAGCUGUUGUGAACUGAUGAAACAGCUUCAAAUCUCCAUCCAGGUACCCCUUUGGUCGUCCUUGUUCGCCGUAUUGAACCAGAGAAGAAGAUUUAUUACCGUACCUAGAAGAACAUGGUCGCGCCACAGAUUUGUUACUGAAUCAUAGAUAAAUGCAAUGUGUUGAAGCAUGAUAUAUGAAAUGACUAAUGAAUAUAUAAGAACAAACUUUGUUCUUCAA